AUGGAAGAACAAUUACCUGAGUUUUCUGUUAUUCAAUUUCCUGGAUUUGUUAAAAAUCCAAAUGCUCCAUUUGAAGAAAAAGUAAAACCACUGCUUGAUUGUUUUGGAGGAGAAACAGUUAUAAAAAAUUAUUUUCAAGGAACAACACAAAAACUAACGUUUUCAUUUAGGCCAAAUGAUAAAUGUGCAUCAACACUCCCUGUUCAUUCUGAAAAAUGUAAAAACAAGUUAUUAAUUAGAAUUUGUGAUAAAAAAAUUAAUGUUAUUGGUAUUGUUACUAAACAACUUAGUGUAGACUCUUUAGCCCCCUUUCAAGUACUUGAUCGGUGUUCAUUAAAUAUGCUUAUUCCAGCAGAACAAUCUAUUCCAAGUCCACUUGAAAUUAAUACUGUAAGAAUGACAAAAAUUGAACAACCCAAUAGUGUUGAUUUUAGGACAAGUAAAGAAAAAGAACGAAUUAUUAUUGAAACACACCCAUAUUCAUUACCUUUUAGAAAGUCAAAAGUUAAAGGUAAAAAGAAACAAAAUCAGACAACCCCAAAUCAAAUUAAUGAAGAAUUGAAUGAAUAA